AUGCCGUGCGAAACCACGUCAAUUAACACCAGGUCUUUUUCCUAUUUCACAGACAAUCGGCACCAAGAGAUGAAGCUAACGCGGCUACAGCAUGUUCUUGUCGCGUUGAACGUGGCGUACCGACUAUACUCGGCGUUCUACAUGAUCGUAGGAGACUGCGAUGAAACUUUUAAUUACUGGGAACCCUUGAACCUCCUUCUACGCCAUUUCGGCAAGGAGACAUGGGAGUACUCGCCUGAAUAUUCAAUUCGAUCAUACGCGUAUCUUAUGCCUUACUACAUUUUGGGAAAAAUUGCCCAGCUGCUUCAAUUGAGCCCCAAGCUGAUCUUCUACUUUAUCCGAGCAGUGGGACUUUCUGGGUUCACCAGCUUUUGCGAAAUACGCUUUUUUCUCACAAUAGCUCACUAUUCUAGCGACGUGGCCAAUUGGUUCCUCCUUUUCAGUUCGUUGAGCCCGGGGAUGAGCCAUGGUGGGGUUGCGUUGUUGCCUAGUUCAUUGGCUUUGCAAACUACCAUCUUGGCGCACUCAUACAUUUUAAAAGCCACGAAAGCUGCCAACAGUCACAAGAUGAUGACGAGGUAUCUACUAGGAGCCAUUGGGUGUUAUUUUGUGGGUGGAAUACUCGGCUGGCCCUUUGCGUUGGCAUUGGGGAUACCCGUGGGAUUCUACACCGUUGCUCAAAUUGCAAGAAAACUUAUCAGUCCCACUAUUUUGCUCAAGAUUGCCAUUGUUGCAGGCUGCAUCGUGGCACCGAUUGUGGCAAUUGACUCGUAUUUCUUGCAGAAGCUCGUGUUUAUACCGGCAAACAUUGUGUUGUACAACGUGUUUGGCGGCGAAGGCGAAGGUCCCGAGAUUUUCGGGGUAGAGCCAUGGAGCUACUAUGUGUUGAACCUUGCGUUGAACUUCCACGUGGUGUUGCCGUUGAGUGUUGCAGGCGCGCUAUGCAACCCACUACUCGCGGGCAAAUUGAAGCUAUUUUCACUAUUGGUUUCAGCGCAGUUGCUUGUUUGGAACGUGAUUUUCUUUAGUCAACCGCACAAGGAAGAACGAUUCAUGUACCCCAUCUACGGUUUAAUUUCCAUUCUGGCGGCGAUCUUUGUCUCGCAAGCGUUGCGAAUAGGAGAAAAAGGAGUCGCUGCAAUCAAACCAAUUAGACCAAUGUCUCUAACUCCAGCAUUGAGAUUGGGUCUAAUCAUGGCCGUUGCUGUUCCUUCGCAUCUUCGGAUCUUGAAUCUUGUUGAAAACUACGGAGCUCCACUAAGGACAUUUAGCUACAUUGCUGAUUUGCAGCCACAGCCGAUUGAUGAUGGUCAAUUGAACGUUUGCAUGGGCAAGGAGUGGUACCAUUUCCCCAACUCGUUCUUCUUGCCCGAUGGGUACCGCCUUAAAUUUGUCGAUUCGGGAUUUGACGGUCUACUUCCGGGUGACUUUCUCGAACAAGGGUCAAUUCGAGACUCGGCAUCUCAUGUUCCACCAAAUAUGAACAGCCGCAAUGAAUUUGAAGCUGACAAGAUUGUGGAGCUAAAGGAGUGCGACUAUUUCGUGGACAACUCGCAAUUGGGCAGCAAGCCGCAGCUCCUUUACCCCGAUUUAACUUUGGAUCAGGAGUGGGAGUUGAAGCGAUGCUACAAGAUGAUCAAUCCAGACGGCCGGCACACGUUUCUUGGCAAGUUGUUGUAUAUCCCCACCACUUUUUUGAAAAAGGUUCUCCCGUCUCAUGUGGAAUCCAUGAGCUUCUGUGUGUUGAAAAGGAAGGAUGAAUGA